UCAGCGAACGCUAUUUCCUCAGAAUAGGGACAAGAACAGAAAGUUCUCUCUUAGUUUAGAAGUCAAAAAUGGCUGAAUAUCCUUAUCCACUGUAUUUUGAGGCCAGAUAUUUAACAGACAGAGAGAAGGACAAGGUCAGUAGACACUUUCAGAAAAGAAGACUCUCGGGGGGAGGCGACUGUGGUGGGAUUGAAAAGGUGGAAGACAAGAUCUAUAAAGUCUGCUUCAAGGAACAACAAGACCAGGAAAGGGUGUUAAAGAGGAAAACUCAUACGAUUAGUCUCCCUGGGGGAGAUUUACACCUGACUGUGACUCGGAGCAAUUCACCGCAGACCCAGGAUCAGCCAUCGACAAGCCAAUCACAAACGACUACUAAAGUCAGCACAAAAGGACUUGAGAAGACUUUCAGGACAGACAUAUUUCUCUUGUUCUACAUGAGAGACAACCCUAAAGCUUACAAAAUACUGCAGAAGCAGUUUUCUGCAAUUGGCUGCACAAUACAGCUCGACUUUGACGAAGAAGAGGCAGUAGUGAGGGGGAACAUAGAGAAGGGGCCCGGAGGAGCUUUUGAUGGCGCUGCAGAAAACUGGGAGCUACAAGUGGACCGGAUCUUCGUCAAUCUCAUCGAGGACUACACCUGCCAUCAUGUCCUUGAGCCCAAACAAGUCAAGAAGGUUCUACAGGAUCCCUUCUUUGUGUCUGAUGAUGUGAGAGUGUACUCAGAGAGUGGCUAUGCUGUGGUUGUGGGGGAAUCAGUUGUAGUGAAGGAGAAGAUUGCGGUUCUGGAAAAAAGCAUACCAACUCGCAAAGAGCAGCCGGUUGUGGAGAAGUGGUUCAAACUGAUUGAGGAGGAGUUCAACCGAGAGAUGAGUGCAAAUUGUCCAGAGGUUAAAAUCAGCAGGGCCACUAACAUCAUAAUCUUAGAAGGUUCUGAAGAUAAGGUGCAGUCUGCUGCAGCCAAACUGAAUGAACUGAUGAAAACGAUAAAGGAGAAGAGGCUCAGCCUUUCCAAUGAUUUAUUAGACUUCAUGGCAACUAGCAGCAUCAUCUCCAAGUACCAAACACGAUUUCAGCAAAGUCUCAGGAGUCCAGUGUCCCUGGAGGUGGGGUCGGAUUUGGUUCUGUCCAGUUCGUCUUCGGAUGCUCUGAGGGAAGCUGAGAUGGCGGUGCUUAGAGAUCUCAGUGAGUCCAGUGUGACUCUUCAGGGAGCUGCAGCGGUGGCUCCAGAUCUAGACAGACUCAAGGAAAGUCUCAACAAAGCCAAGGAUGAGGAAAACCGUGGUGAGCUCAGAGUGAGUGUUAGCUUCCUUCUUGGAUCCAGUGGCACUCCGUCAACCAAAGUAAAGCUGGUGGGCUACACUGAAAACGUGAACACGCUUAAAGACCUUCUUUAUGAUCACCAGGCAAAUCAGGUUUCAACUCAAGAGGUUAUCAGUCUGCAGUAUCCUGAACUUGUUGACUGCUUUGAUAAAAUCUUAGCAAUACUUGGCAUGAAGUGGACCGAUGUGACAAUCAAAGCCUCGUCUUUUCCAAACCCUUGUGUUCUUUUGUCUGGUCCUCGUUUGCUGGUUCAGGAGGCCAAACAAGCCCUUGGGUCAGCUCUGGCCAGCAUGACAAUGGACAAACUGGUUCUGGACGGUCCUGGGGCGCUGCAGUACUUCCAAGGAGCUGGUAAAGACAGCAAGGAGCUGGUUGAAGUAUCCUAUCAGGUCAUUAUUAGGGAACAACAAGUUGUUAGCCCACCAGUUGUGGUAAACAAACAGCGAAGCCUCAGCAGCAUCCCACCAACACCAACUCCCAGGUCUCGAUUCAGCACCGUUGGAGACAGUCCAGUCAAAAUCAACCUAGAAAUCAAGAUUGGCAGUUUAGAGAAAGAGCAGGUGAACAUUUUGGUCGUCCCCACACACGGCAGGCAGCUGUCUAUAACAAAAAUUGGCAAGUCAUUGCUUGUGAAAGGCGGAGAUGUAAUCAAAUCAAAGUUUGACUUAUUGGCUGCAAAUUCUUACCUCGUUCCUGGUGAUGUUCUGGAGGUCGGUGCCAGCGCCUCUCUGGGUUGCUCCAAGAUAUUCUGCAUAGAGUGCCUGGCUUGGGACGGAGUUGGAGGAAGAGGAGUGCAGGCUCUUUCCAGGGGGCUAAGAAGAUGUUUGGACCUCUGUGUAGAGAAGGGCUUCAGUUCAGUGGCCAUUCCUGUUAUUGGACCUGGACUGCUCCUAAAAUACCCCUUGAGUGAAGCCGUGCAGGUUCUGAAGGAAAGCAUUCGCCAAUUUGCAUUGUCUAACCAAUGCGGAAAUCUCACCACCAUCCACAUUGUCAUUAAACCAGGCUAUCCAGACUCCGAGGAGACCUACCAUGAAGUAUACAAACAUCUCAGCUCAAUCAUGAACCAGAGAGGCAGAGCACUCUUCAGGUCCCUCACCAGUGACCUCGAUGACGUCAACAUCACUGUAGGAGGCGGGGUCAAACUGCAGUUGGUGUUCGGCGACAUCACUAACGAGACUACAGACGUUGUGGUGAACACCACCGAUUUUGUCAACUUCUACAAUGAGGGAGUUUGCAAAGAUAUUUUAACCGUAGCUGGAUCAGGGGUGGAAGCUCAGCUGAAAACAGGUAAGAGAGGAGAAUUGGCCACGUGUCUGAAAGCAACACACAGUCCAUUAUUUGGUUUUUGUGGCGAUCUCCUGUGCUUUGUGUGUACAGCGAACGUGAGCCGAGGAAAUCCUUUUGUGACGCCGCCUGGGCAUUUCCCCUGUAAAGCCAUCUUACACGUAUGUGGAGAGAAAGACGCAAGCCUUGUUGAAGCUUUUGUGCCCAGCAUCGUUAACUACUGUGAAGACCAGGGAUUCAGCUCUGUAGCCAUUCCUGCCAUCUGUGCAGGAGCCGGUGGGCUGGACCCUGCAGUCGUUGCAGGCGCCAUCCUGAGAGGAAUCAAAACUGCCACAUCAUCCGGUCCUUUUUACAGCCUCACCUCCAUCCGCCUUGUCCUGAUUAAAAUCAACGUCUUCUUAGCUUUUAAAGAAGAGGCAACACAGAUGUUUCCUACUUCUGGAAGAAACGCACCAUCAUUUCAGGUGCCUCAGGCACAACAACAGGCACCUUUACCUCUGAUUGCCAACCUCAGCAUAUAUAAUACCAUUCCUGUAAGUGAGCCAUCUACAUUCCUGUUCCUGGGUCUUACCAGACAGGAUGUUACUGAUGCUAUGGAAAAACUGAAGAAUCUUUAUAAGCAUCAGUGUACUGAACACACAUUCCCAAAAGAGCAGCUAGGCAGUCUCCACGCAGACGACAUGUUGGAUCUGCAGCAGCUGGUGAGGACGGAGGGUCUGUACAUGAAGAAGGACCCCUCUGGAAACCUGAUAGUGAACGGUAUGAAAGACGGGGUGAACAGGGCGAUCGUGAAGUUCAAUUCAAACCUGCACGGUACCCUGUUGAGAGAGGUGAGAGGGAGGGACGAGGACGAUUUGUUCGCGCGCGUGAUGUGGUGCAUCCUGGGGAACAACGGAAACUGGGAAAGACUCCCCAAAACGGCCAAUUACAACCUGGAAAUGAAGGAUGUUGGAGGAGGAAUUACGGAUUCAUACAGAGUCUCGUGGCAAGUGGAUCUACAAAGCUUAACGGUCUCAGCUCAAGGACGCAAAACAAACAUCAAACGACUUGAGAAUCUGGAAGACUUCACGUUCCCUCUGGAAUGGGACACCAUGGCGAACGGUGAGGACAUGAAGAGGGUAGUGCUGGAGUCUUCUUCACCAGAAUACAAGAGAGUGAAGCAGGGAUUCAAACGAUCUGCUAAACACACUGUGAUGAAGAUUGAGCGCGUGCAGAACAUUCAUCUACGUCGUGCCUAUGAGGCACAGAAGAAAAAAAUAUUUGAAAAGAACAAACAAGAGGGAGCUGCAAAUGAAAAGUUUCUAUACCAUGGGACCACGGAGGACAACUGUGACUCCAUCAUGAAAACUGGCUUCAACAGGCGCUUCUGUGGGCAAAACGCAACAAGUUACGGUGAGGGAACCUACUUUGCCGUAGAUGCCAGUUACUCCAGCCACCCCACCUACUCCAGACCUGCUGCUGAUGGUUCUCAGCUGAUGUUUGUGGCGAGAGUCUUGACAGGCGUCUACACUCUGGGCCAAAGGGGCAUGAAGGUUCCUCCGGCUCUCGACGUCCAGGAGCCUCAUAUACGAUACGACAGCGUGGUGGAUAACAUGGGCAGACCCAACAUGUUUGUCGUGUUCCACGAUGACCAAGCUUAUCUGGAUUACCUCAUCACCUUCAGACAAUGACUCUGAAAACGUCUCAUGGUUCUGUCACAGUCGGCGUGAAGCAAUGGUUUCUGGGUAUUUUAGGUUGGAAAUAUUUCCUGGGUUACUGGAAAACCUCAAACAAAAUGUUAGCGUAACCUUGAUUAUUAUUAUUAUAUCAGAUUUUUGAGCGUCCUAUGAGGUUUUUUGUUUGAUUUCUUUAUGUCUUAAAAUUAGAGGCUGGUCCGGUCCACACACGUAUCAACACAUAAUAAACCUGUUAAAAUGGUCUUUGGAAACUUAUUACAGAAAGACACAAUUUAUUGAAACCUUUCUGACUGAAUCUGUGAAGAAAUUCCAAAUGAAACAAUCUUAAAUACAUCUUGAACAAAUCUCAAAUGGCUUCAACAGGGUUAUUCCAAAGGGAGCUGAAAAUCUGAUCUUUGCUGCACAUUUGACCAUUUCUGAAACACAUGACCUCCAGAUAUUGCUAAUUUGUUUUAAAUAGUUUCAGGGAAAACCAGAGAAAAAAAACAGACUCAAUAGAAGCAAAAUUAAAGACGAGUGAUUUAGAGGUUUUGCAGAGCACUAUAAAUACAAAUGAGCAAGCAUUAAAUAAAAAUAUAAAUAUAAAUACUGUACACAUAAUAAUUAUUGUUUACAUGAAUUAAUCUAAAAAGUCCCACUGAUUUUUAACCGUAUGAUUAAGCCUGUACAGUAAAAUGUGUGCAAAAACUUUUUUUUUCUGAACUUAUGUCCCAUAAAAAGUUACUGUGUCGUGGAUCAACUUGAUCUUUUUCUCUUGCUUAAUUAAUCUGACCGUCUUGAUUUUAGUCCAAAUGUUUUUUGUUUUUUUUCUCUGAAUAAAACUUUUCAAAACAGGAAAUGUGUCGGUGACUUUUGAGGCUGCGGUUGCUCUGUUUUUAUGAGCGCUCUCCUCAACU